ACUCGACACACUGCAACCCUAUAAACACACCUUCGCCAUUCCCCCGUAGCUUCAUCUCCUUCGCAAAUCUCAAAGGAGAAGAAGCGGAGAGAGAGAGAGAGAGAGAGGGGGAGAGAGAGGCGACAAUGGAGGUGUUCUACUACCUCGUCUUCGGGGCGCUCGCGGUGGUGGUGGCGGUGUUGGAGCUGAGCAAGACGAGCAAGGACCGCGUCGCCACCUCCUCCGCCUUCAACUCCUUCAAGAACAACUACCUCGUCGUCUUCUCCCUCAUGAUGGCUGGUGAUUGGCUACAAGGCCCUUAUGUCUACUUCCUCUACAGCCAAUAUGGUUUCGAUAAGGGAGACAUUGGUCGCCUAUUCAUUGCUGGUUUCGGAUCUUCCAUGCUGUUCGGGACAAUUGUUGGUUCUCUGGCUGACAAACAGGGUAGGAAGAGGGCUUGCGUUACAUAUUGCAUAACUUACAUUCUUAGCUGCAUCACUAAGCAUUCUCCUGAGUACAAGGUUUUGAUGGUGGGGCGUAUAUUGGGAGGAAUAGCAACAUCUCUACUGUUCUCGGCCUUUGAGUCAUGGCUUGUUGCAGAGCAUAAUAAGAGGGGCUUUGAUCCACAAUGGCUUUCUUUAAUUUUCUCCAAGGCUAUAUUCCUUGGGAAUGGUCUCAUUGCUAUUGUUUCUGGCUUGUUUGCAAAUAUGUUGGCUGAUAACCUAGGGUUUGGCCCUGUUGCUCCCUUCGAUGCUGCAGCAUGCUUCCUAGCAAUAGGCAUGGCAAUCAUCUUAUCUUCAUGGACUGAAAAUUAUGGUGAUCCUUCUGACAGCAAAGACCUAAUGGGUCAGUUCAAGGUUGCUGCAACAGCCAUUGCUUCUGAUGAGAAAAUUGCUUUGCUCGGUGCGAUACAGUCAUUGUUUGAAGGCUCCAUGUACACCUUUGUGUUCUUGUGGACUCCUGCGUUAAGCCCCAAUGAUGAAGAAAUUCCUCAUGGUUUUAUAUUUGCUACAUUUAUGAUGUCUUCAAUGUUGGGGAGUUCUAUUGCAUCUCGUCUAUUGGCCCGUGUAACUCUAAAAGUCGAAAGCUAUAUGCAGAUAGUUUUCGUAGUCUCUGCAUUCACUCUCCUCCUCCCUGUCAUUAUCAAUUUCUUAGUAGCACCGUCUACAGGAAAAGAUUCUAGCCUUCCGUUUGGCGGUUGUAUCCUUCUCUUUGGUUUCUGCAUAUUCGAGUCAUGUGUGGGGAUUUUCUGGCCAUCAAUGAUGAAAAUGAGAUCUCAGUACAUACCAGAGGAGGCUAGGAGUACAAUCAUGAACUUCUUCCGCAUACCCCUCAACUUAUUUGUCUGCGUCGUGCUCUACAAUGUGAAUGCAUUCCCCAUCACCGUCAUGUUCGGCAUGUGCUCCAUAUUCCUUUUCAUGGCCUCAAUCUUGCAGAGGCGUCUAAUGGUCAUCGCAGAUCGCCCCAAAUCAAAGCCGCAAGAUUGGACUGCUUUAAGGGAGAUGGAUGGUGAAGAGGAGCCGCUGAACGUCUAAACUAAAGUCGGAACUCAUCGGAGCUCUCACGCCACAACGAUGCAAUCCAAUGCAAGAAAAUGCCUUGCUAUUUGCAGUUGCAGCUAUUAUUGAGGAGACAAUAAAAGGUGGAACCCUUGCUUUCUUUUCCCACCAGAGCGCGACAAUAUCUUAAAAAAAGUGCAUCCCUUCUAUGACUCUUAUAAUCCAAAACCAGGUAUCUGUUUCUUAAGCAGGAAGGCUCUUUUAUUAGUAGUCUUUAGAUCUUCCAUACAAUUUUCUUUAGGUGCCCAGGCUUAUUAGGGUCUAUUCAUUCUAUUAGUUUAGCAUUAUCCUAAUCUAAUUAAGAUAUAAUUGUUUUCUCCCUUCAUGAAAUCAUGUGGUAAUUUCCGUGACGGCUAAAUAAUAAUAUUGAUAUGUAGCUUGUUAAGUGUUGGUAAAGUCAUUCCUUAUAUUAAUUCUAAGUGAAUUUAUUUUUGUUGUUUAAUUUUGUUA